GCAGCGUCCCCGCCUCUAUCCGGAAGCGAGCUGUCAUGUGAUUUGUUUGUUGGCGAUUUGCUGUACGGAGCCGCAUCAUUUCAUUACAGCAACAAACAAACGCUUGUCCCGUGUAAUUCCCCCAUUCCCCCUAUCGCCUUCUCCGCGAUGGACGAAACGAGCCCGCUAGUGUCCCCGCUUCGCGAUUCAAACGAUUUCAGCUACGGUCCCACCGAGCCGACGAGUCCCCGGGGUGGAUUUGGAGGCACGCCGGGCUCAGUGGUGCGUCUGCCGGCUGGGAGUCCCGGACGGAGCCGCGAGCGACAGCCGCUCCUGGACCGCGAUCGAGGUUCGUCGCCGCGGGACCCGCACAGGAACGAGUUCCCGGAGGACCCGGAGUUUAGAGAGAUUAUCCGGAAGGCAGAACGGGCCAUCGAGGAGGGCAUUUACCCGGAGCGCAUCUAUCAGGGCUCCAGCGGCAGCUACUUCGUCAAAGAUUCAACAGGGAAGGUCAUCGGAGUCUACAAACCAAAGAACGAGGAGCCGUACGGCCAGCUGAACCCCAAGUGGACCAAAUGGCUGCAGAAGCUCUGCUGUCCGUGCUGUUUCGGCCGGGACUGUCUGGUGUUGAAUCAGGGUUACCUGUCAGAGGCCGGCGCCAGUUUAGUGGACCAGAAACUGGAGCUCAACAUCGUGCCGCGCACCAAGGUGGUGUAUUUAGCAAGCGAGACCUUUAAUUACAGUGCCAUCGAUCGAGUAAAGUCCAGAGGAAAGAGGUUAGCUUUAGAAAAAGUGCCCAAGGUGGGCCAGCGCUUCCACCGGAUUGGCCUGCCACCUAAGGUGGGCUCAUUUCAGCUGUUCGUAGAGGGGUAUAAAGACGCAGAUUUCUGGCUGCGGAGGUUCGAGGCCGAGCCUUUACCCGAAAACACUAAUCGCCAACUCCAGCUACAGUUUGAGAGACUGGUAGUGCUGGAUUACAUAAUCAGAAACACAGACCGAGGAAAUGACAACUGGCUCAUAAAAUAUGACUAUCCGAUGGAUACGUCAAGCAACAGGGUGAGUAACCAGCUGCUAUUUCAGAUAUUCAUGGAAGAUUUUCCAUCCCGUUCUUGUGUUUUCAUGUCAGUGUUUGUGUUUACCAUUCAGGACAGUGAUUGGGUGUUAGUGAAGGACCCCAUCAUCAAACUGGCAGCCAUUGACAAUGGUCUGGCCUUCCCUCUCAAACACCCGGAUUCAUGGAGAGCCUAUCCGUUUUACUGGGCGUGGCUUCCUCAGGCUAAAGUUGCCUUUUCCCAAGAGAUCCGAGAUUUAGUUCUUCCCAAAUUUUCCGACCCAAACUUCAUCAAAGACCUCGAGGAAGAUCUAUAUGAGCUUUUUAAGAAAGAUCCAGGUUUUGACCGAGGACAGUUUAAGAAGCAGGUCUCCGUCAUGAGGGGGCAGAUCCUGAAUCUGAGCCAGGCGCUGCGGGAAGGCAAGACGCCGCUCCAGCUGGUGCAGAUGCCGCCGGUCAUCGUGGAGACGGCACGAGCGCCGCAGCGCGCCAACAGCGAGUCCUACACGCAGAGCUUCCAAAGCAGAAGACCCUUCUUCACCUGGUGGUGAUCCGGGCUUUUAUCUGUGUGUGUGUGCAACCUGAUUUUAGUUGCAUUUUUGUUUUUCAUUGGCAUUUUGGGAACAAAUGAAAGUGGGAAAAGAUCCAGUGAUUGACGAGAAGCCUUUCCCACACACACAUUCUGGAGGAGAGCAUUGCCUUGUGGACUGUUACACCGGAUGAACUUGCAUGUCAGUAAGACAGUGAAGGAGAAACUUUCUGCUGCAGUAAAACCUCGACGCUUGACGACUGGAAGUACUGCUCAACUCUCAUUCAUAGGUGUUUUCUGUCUUUUUUUCUUGCCUUUGUGUUAGUUUUGUUUUUUCCUCACAAUCAUUGAAAAGUCACACACUUAAUCGUCUGCUUUUUCUUCCAUUAGCGUUAUAUUUUUCUACAUUUUUUAAGCGCACGCGUCUGCCUGGAGGCGGAGUCUCCCCGGAGCUCGACUGAGCAUGUGCAGAAACACUGGAUCGUUCCAUUCUCACGGUGACAUCAUUCUUCUUUGUCUUCAUAGUUUGAUUUCGUUUGAAAAUCAGAAGAUAUUAUAAUUUUUUAAAAGUUGUAUUCAACGGUGUCAAAAAACUGACCUUAAAACGUGACAAUGGACUGUAUAAUUUGUAUGUAAUGUAUUUAAUGAAAUAUGCUAAAGCUAUAACAACAGUGCGAUACUCAAUAAAAGAACGGACUCGAGUUUCAUUUCAAAAACUAUUUAAUUGGAAGUUCCAGCUUUAGUGACGAGCAGAAAAAAAUAACUCUUGUUCCUGUGCAUGUUGUAGUGUUCAGAGGAUUUAGGCUACAUGUUUUCAUCUGUAUUGCUUUCUAAAUGUCUGUCGAAGUGACAGAAGAAGACGUUAAAUAUUCAGCACUAAUGAUUAGUGUCCAGCAUACCUCUAUACUAAUGCAUCAUUUACAUAUUUACCACAGGCUAAAACAACUAAUGAUGCGAAGAGAACUGCACUGUCGCAGCAAAUGCAAAUACAUUCUUCUAUACUUUUAGAUAUCGAACAUAAAAUACCAGUGGAAGGCAGAAUACUCUCUGAAAAAAA